UGGUUUAUUCUCUGACACGUGGUGGCACGUCCAGUUUGGCGUGUUUUACGUGAUGACGUCAGGUUGUGUUUUGAGGUGUUGACGUUCAGUGUCGCUGCGUCAUCAACCUCUGUAGCAGAACAGAGGAACCAGAGCAAGUUGUCCCACUUAACAGACUUAUCUUCAUCAUGGCAUUGAGAGGCGCUGUGUGCCGUCUCUUGGUCAACCCUCACAGAUGUGCCAUCAUCUCAGCUUCCAGAGCACAGGCAACUACAGCACCUGCCAGAAGAGAUGCAGAGAAGACUGAGCAGAAGUCUAAAGCACCGAAGGUCCAGUUUGACUGGCGUGAUGCCCUGAACCUGGAGGGCCAGCUGACGGAGGAGGAGAUCAUGAUCAGAGACUCCUUCAGGACCUACUGCCAAGAGAAACUCAUGCCCCGCAUCCUCAUGGCAAACAGAAACGAAGUGUUCCACAGAGAAAUUGUGUCCGAGAUGGGAGAGAUGGGUGUCCUGGGCCCAACCAUCAAAGGUUAUGGCUGUGCUGGGACGAGCUAUGUGGCCUACGGUUUGAUCGCCAGAGAAGUAGAGAAAGUGGACAGCGGCUACCGCUCAGUCAUGAGCGUGCAGUCGUCGCUGGUCAUGCACCCCAUUAAUGCCUAUGGCACAGAGGAGCAGAAACAGAAGUAUCUCCCUAAGCUGGCUCGGGGAGAGAUCCUGGGCUGCUUUGGCUUGACGGAGCCGAACCAUGGUAGUGACCCGAGCGGCAUGGAAACCAGAGCAAAGUACAAUCAAUCCAGUCGCACCUACUCUCUCACUGGCUCAAAGACCUGGAUCACCAACUCCCCAGAGGCAGAUAUUGCUGUAGUCUGGGCCAAAUGUGAUGAUGGGAAUAUCCGCGGCUUCAUCUUGGAGCGUGGCAUGAAGGGCCUCUCAACACCAAAGAUUGAGGGGAAGUUCUCCCUGAGAGCCUCGGCCACCGGUAUGAUCGUCAUGGACGAGGUGGAGGUUCCUGAGGAGAACCUGCUGCCCAAUGUCUCCGGCCUCAAGGGUCCUUUUGGCUGCUUGAACAACGCUCGUUACGGUAUUGCAUGGGGCGCUCUGGGCGCUGCAGAGUUCUGCUUCCAUGCAGCUCGACAGUACACACUGGACAGAAUCCAGUUUGGCGUACCACUAGCAAGAAAUCAGCUGAUGCAGAAGAAAAUGGCCGACAUGCUGACAGAGAUCACCAUCGGCCUGCAGUCCUGUCUGCAGCUGGGAAGACUAAUCGAUGCUAAAAGAGCCGCCCCAGACAUGAUCUCCAUGCUGAAGAGGAACAGCUGCGGUAAAGCCCUCGAUAUCGCCAGGCAGGCCAGAGACAUGCUGGGAGGAAACGGCAUCUCAGACGAGUACCACAUCAUCCGCCACGUCAUGAACCUGGAGGCUGUCAACACAUACGAAGGUACCCAUGACAUCCACGCCCUGAUCCUGGGCAGAGCCAUCACAGGACUGCAGUCCUUCACUGUGGACAAAUAGAUCCAUCCAACAGAAACCUGCUGUCAGAAAUGUAGCUCAGAUUGUCAACUCUGCAGCAGUUUUAAGAUUGUUUUGAUGAAUUCCCAUCCAUAUAGUGACGAUGUUUGUUUUCACUCAGGUUUAUAGAAUAUAUAUUUGAGUGCUUUAUUUUGAGAGAAAGAACAAGUCACGUUCAACAAGUGUGUCUGAAUUGUUGUGAAGUGUAAAUAAUUCAAAAGUCGAUUUUUCAACUCAAAAAGGGCUAUUUUUUUACUCUCAAUCACAACACUAAAACAGAUCCCUAUAUGCCUGUCGUAUAGACAAAGUGAAGUUCAUUGAAUAUACUUUAAUGGACACUACUGAAGUGAAGUAUUAACGCUUCUGAAUUAGGUCAAGAUCUAGAUUUGCUGCUAGUUACUGCAACGUUGAUACUGUAAUUCUAAAACAACAAAGCAUAAAUAACCACAACGUGUUUGGAAUUGCAUGUGAAGCUUUUUUUAUUUUUGAUUUGAUCUAAUUAUGCAGAUGUUGUUAUUGUAUAAUUGGUGUGAGAGUACAUACAUGACAGAUCAGUUACUAUUGUUAGGUUCACUGUGGUGAUUACUUCUAGCACUGUUCUGGCUCUGUCACUAAGGUGUAAUAACUUGGUUUGCCAGAGGUCAAGAAUGUUGAUCAGAGCUUUAAUAAAUAAAAGUUAUUUAAGUAUUCCAAAUGUC